AUGCGCUUUCGAUGGGCUGGGUACCUUGUGGUCGGACUUGUAACGACCGAGGGCCUCGCCUAUGAAAAGGCUCGCCUUUCGCAUGAAGGCUUAUACCUCAAUUUGCCCUAUGAUGCGCCUAUGUACUUGUAUAUGGAUGCAGACGCCUUGCAGGUCGACAAUGCGACCUUGCGUCUCUCUGCGGUGCAAGAACGUACAUGGGCUGAAGCCCAAGCGUGCCAACCCAACACAACCUCAUUCCUGGAGGCCUGUGAACACAAAGACUGGGCCAUGUACCAGCCAGCAUAUACCCAAUCCCUCGCACGAUCUCUGCUACAACCUGAUUGGGGUGUGAUCGUGGCUACGAGUCCUAUCGCGCAAUUGCGUGCGCCGACCAACGAAUCCGUUCUUCGGUCCCUUGCCAUCGUACUGGAUACGUAUACGCUCAGCGGCGAAAAGGUGCAGCUUCGAUGGUGGGUUGGUCAUGUCACACAGCCGAUGGAAGCUCGUGCACGCUGGCCCAUUGCGCCGCAUGAGUACGUGAGCCGUGGCGAUGCGCCUAGUCGACGUCCUGUGCAGGCAUGGGACGGUACAGAGCCACCUCGCUUGAGUGGAUUAAUGACCGAUCCUUUUAUGGCAGGCUCACAUCAUACAUAUAAACUCACGAACGCGACAUGGUCGCGCGGUGUAUCCAUACGUGUACAGACGAACCAAACAACAGGCGUUCCCAUUCGUACCUCAGUGCAUGGCACGAUAGUAUGGAGUGGCAGCGUCCAUCGGGCGCGGCCGCCCUUCGUCGGCCCCGAUCAAGGCAUGAACGAUGAGGAGAUAUGGUGUGUGAUGGUGCGGGAUGCUUGGGGGUUUGUGCACCAAUAUCUUGGACUGGAUGCUGACCAUGUCCAAGUGCAUGUGGGUGACAAGGUCCACGUCGGUGAUGUCGUGGCCUACGCUCCAAACGAACCCAUUUCGAGGAUGCCAGCAUCUCAAACCGUGCCGGCUGAUCCACUGAAGCGGUACAUCGAAGAAGGCUUUGAGCCGUAUCCCUUCCGUGCACGCCAACUGGAGAUCCGUGUGGCCCGCCCUGCCCUGAGCUGGACGACCUACGCAGAGCCGGAGGCGCAUGGAUGGACCUAUUUCCAUCCACAGCUCGCCUAUCGAUCCUCCCAGGGCACGUCGGAAAUAGUUCCCUUUGCGGAAUCCACAUCCCUUACUGUGGCAGCGCAUGGGGAAGACCCGCCGCAGACGUUUCAUGGGUUCCGUGGUAGAUAUGCCUUGCCAUUACGAGGACUCAUCGAAGUGUUCGUGAGCUGGCAGGCGUUUGUCGAGACGCCGUACGAUCCCUCGGAUGCCAUGGACCCUGUAUCUGUGUACGCGAUGGACUGGGCGGUUGUGCCUACACGCAUGCUAAAAACUCCAUCGCUGUGCGAUGCGCCCGAUGUAUACUGGCGCCGCUCGUUUGAGCACAGCAAGUUGGCGCCACCGACGAAUACGAGCUUGGACGACCCCUCGUUCUUGUUUGCGUAUUAUGUACCCCUGGUCCAAGUUGGUGGUCUGUUGGGCGGCGCAGGCCAUGUGCAAUGGCGCUCGCAGUUUGACGAAAAGGUGCGCAUGUUGAUUUACAGCGUUACUCGGCGCACACUUGGCGCGCCAGAUGUGCGUGGUGGCUGGAACAUCACGCGAGAGCUCGAGUUUGGGCGGUACCGCCUCGCGGUCCGCGCACGAGGUGUGGCAGGUCCAAUUGGGUGCAUGGAGCACCGCGUGUCAGUAGGCGAUCCAGAUGCGUGGACCGAUUUGCGCUUCCUCACCAUCUAUGAAUUGUUGACGCUGCCAUUAUGGCGUAUGCCCUUGCCAGACUUGUUUACCGGUUUCCUCGAGCGCAUGGCGCAUUUGGUCCGCCUGGCCGUUCGUAUGCUUGUUCAGUAG